GCCAGGAGAAUGCCAAAUCCGCUGACUCACAGCGGCUGUAUUGCCUUGGAGUCCAAGGGUUGCUGCUUAGUUCCUUGAAGGGCAAAGUGGACCGAUAUACGAGAGUCGCGAAAGGAACCAAGUCCAGGGCCCCGAUCGCGUACGCUGUAUUACAGUAUCUAUUACAUAUAGGAUACGUAGACCAAGAAAAUAAGUACUCGUUCAAAAAUUCAUAUCUUUUUUGGAGACAGAAGUUAGUGGUCAAGAACCAACAACACUCUCUCUACAAACAGAUCGCUCACAUUCCGACAUCAUCGUCCGCUUCAUCCUCUAGUUUAUUUUGCAAAAAUAUACCCGAACAAUCCGGUACAAAUGCUACUACUUCACCUAGUGGGAGGACUGGUGCUUCUAGCACAACAGCUUCUAGUACUGGCGUAGUUGCAGUCGCGGUUCAAGGCAAAGUGAAGCUCUUUUGCGAUACAACGUUACAAUGGAAAUGCGCAAUUUCGCUUUCUACGCACCCUAGUGUUAGGGCAGCUAUCUUGCAGUGGUCCUUAGUUGACGAGCCUUCCUUGAAAUAUUCCCUUGUGCCUUUCGCUUUCUUCGGAAUCCCUUGUUCUUCGACGACUCAUCAGGGUCAGGAGAGAUAGAGCCUGAUUAGUAACGUUUCAAAGGGAGAUAUAUCCCAUCGUCCCCUUUUUCUGAUCGAAUUUCAAUUUGAUACCCACCUCUAUCUUCCUUUAAGUACACGACCAGCGGAGCAUCUUGUUCAAUGAUAUCCUCUAUACGAUGCCAAGAAGAGCGGCUCCUUUUCGUCGACUCCUAUGGUGGUAUCAGUUUUUUCGAGAAGGAGGUUUUGGUUCCAGAGGUGGAAGCUGAAGCGUACAGUUCUACAGAGAUCCAAGCAUCGAGACCAACUACAACACGACCAGCACCAUCUUCUCAGCACCAGGUUGGUAGCAGUGCAGUGACAGCAGCCACUACGAUCGGCAGCGUAACUCCUCUUUUCCCGCUGCAUCACAAUCCAAUAGGGAUUAGUUCAUGUGUUGCGGGAUUUGGACAUGGCCUUUACCAUCUAGAUACCUAUGCGAGGAUGCUGCCGAUUUUUAUGAAACAAGUGAGCCUAAGUAUUUUUUUUUCAACCGGUCCGCAUCGAUGACGAAAAAUGAACUCCCAAAAUACACGGUGACUUUUGCCCUUGGACACCGGAGUUAUUAACACACAGCAAUAUUCUCGGUCGUCGGUCCUUGGUAAUUCCUAACUUUCAAUUGUGGCUAUGCUGAGAGAACAACUACUUCAUCUACCCUGGUUGUAGCCAUGUUCUUCUACUUCUUCUACUCUGCUAGUUAGAGCCAUCUAAGAGGUCAUCACCUUCAUCCGCCCCUUCUACAAGCGGGUGCGUACUCUCCAGCAGUGCCGCCUCUACCUGCAGCACCAAUACGACGCCUUCAUCAGCUGCCCUACCUCCCUCAUUUACUCCAGUGUCCUCUUCUACGGCACCUACACCUCGCGGCGUUUUCUCACCAGGAGGACGAGCUAUUUCUUCAGCGUCAUCUUCCUCCUGUGGAGUAGGAGUAUUAAGGCUUCUUGCCGCAAUUCAUCUGAAGGGGCAUCUACUUUGGACACGAUUUUUUCAAAAGGAAUUCGCGUCAAGGAUGCACUUUAAGAUGAGAAUAUCGCCGAUAAGGUCUAAGAGUGGCAUCUGGAUCAUCGGCAGCUGUCAAGAGCAGUGUCACAACCUCUACUGUCUCAACAUGCGCCUCCUUUUCUUCGUGUUCUAAGAAUUCGAACAACUUCAACUUGUCUGAAACAACCACUAGUUGUACUUCGACAUCCACUAGUUCGUCAGGUCCCUCUCAUAAAGUCAACAAGAGUACCACAACUACUGCUCGAGGGCCGAUGAAGGAUGCGAAAACUACAUCAACACAGGUUGCAGCAGUAGUAGC